AUGUACGCUUCACCAGAUCCUACUGUUGGCUGUUAUGUUGCACUUGGUACUAAGAGAAACCAACGUUACGCAGUCAUUUCCUGUGUAGUGUUGUGGCUGAUCAGCAAUUUGGCUUGCAUCAGACCGAUGCUCCUCCAUGGCACCUUUAAGCAGUUUGGCACUGAGCACUGUGAGGAAUUUGCUCAUAUUCAGGAUAUUAAUGUAAAGACGCUCAAAAAAUCUGGGUUUUAUAUUCAGCUUUUUGUUUCUUUAAUCCUCCCUCUGGCUGUUAUCAUAUUUUGUUUUGCUAUAAUUGUGAUCACUGUCAAAUUAUCCAAAGUUUCUUCUAAAUCCAAAGUAGUCAGGCUGGUGUUUGUCAUUGUACUGCUCUUCUUUAGCUGCUAUAUACCUCUUAACAUUGUAGAUCUCCUGCAAUAUGAGUUCACAAGCUGUGAGGCUCCACAGAAACUCUGCGACUCUCUUCAAAUCACCCGUAGCAUGGCGUACUUUUACAUCAAUCCCGUCUUUUACACACUUGUGGGGAGAAAACUCCAGGAGUACUUAAGACAGCUGCUGGUGAAACAUUUCUCAGGUUGCUGA